GUGGGACUUUGAGGUGUGGAGCAUAGUACAUUUGGCAACAUAGUAGGUACAUUUAACGUUUUACAAAUUUUACAUUUGUCAAUGACGUUUAAAUAAAGAUUUUGAAUUUAUGGCAUUGAUUUAAAAAUUUCAAAAAAUGUCAACCAUAGAAAAAGUUUAUAUAUCAACAAUCCCAUCCGAUAUCCAAGAUAUAGAAUUUUCCUAUGACAAUCGUCAUGAACUAAACUUGAGAAUUCUUCAAAGAAGAUCGAAAGAUCGCCUUUACGAUUUUUUGAGCCCAAACGGUAAAUAUCGCGAUGAAAACUACGAAAUCUACAAAAAACAGCUACAACAAUUCAAAGACGCUGCCCGAAAAUACAAUAGAUUGAACGAGGAAACUCUGGUAACAAACAAAAAGAGAUUAAAUCAAGAUUACAUCCUAGAAUUGGAAUGCGAUUUUCUUAAAAACACCGCGGAUUUAAUAACGGGCUGUCCAACCGACUGCCAUUGCAGAAAAAUGAAGAACAACGCUGUUUACACCAAAAUACGGACGUUACGUAAAGUGAACUACAAACCACCCGAUUUUUCUGAUAUUUGUUGCGUAGAAAGGUGGAUGAAACGAAAAAUAAUUUUGGAAAAAUUUGUAAAUUUGGUGAGAAAAGUUAUAAUUCAAAAUAGGGCCUCUAAAAAUUUGCAAAUGUUGAAAACUUUGAACAAAGAAAUCGUCCAUGAGUUGGAAUUAAAACACAGAAAAUGUUGCAAUGAAAGUUAUGGGGAAUUAUUUGAAAAAUUUGUAAAGUAAACAAAUAAAUUGAGGUUAGGUUUUUUGACAUAUUUAUUUUUGUAGUAAAAUAUACCUAAUUAUGAUUUUGUGGGAUUUUUGCUCUGCAUUUAAAAAUAAUAAUACAAAAAACAAUCGAAAAUCAAAUACCUAUGGCCUUAAAUGUAAAAUUAAGGUUAGAUUUCCCAAAAUCCAAUGUUUUUGGAAUCUUUAAAGGAAAAAUCAAUUAAAUGUCAUUUAAAAAUAAAAAAUAAUUUAUUUGGUAUCUAAUCCACAUUCUUUGGUUUACUCUUAAAAUGAUCCUCAAUUACAUGUAGUGGCUUAUCCUUGGUCUCAGGUAAAUAUAAAAUUAGGAAAAUGGUUCCUAAGAAACAACAGACCGCGUAAGUUAAAUAGGUACCAUCGGAAUCCAAAUUGAGCAGCAUGCUUGGCGUAACCUUGACGACGGCAAAAAUCAUUAUGUAAUUCACCAUGGCAACGAUACCGCUACCCAGCCCUCUGUUGGCCAAUGGGAAAACCUC